CAGGGCGGAUGGAAAAGAGCAUAUGCAGUUAUGUCACAGUGCAAUUUAGUGACUGAACUGGGAGCAGAUCGCGCCACGAUGAAGGUCGACCAGACGGAGGCAGCAGCUGAUGAGAGAGACCACGCGGCUCUGAAACCUCUGGAUCUCAAAGGGAUCGCCGAGAAGACCGGGAAUGCGGAGCCGCAGAGACCCACGUGGAGCAGCCGCCUGGAGUUCAUCUUGGCGUCGGUGGGCUACGCGGUGGGGCUGGGCAACGUGUGGAGGUUUCCGUACCUGUGCUACAGCAGCGGCGGCGGGGCCUUCUUGAUCCCGUACUUCACCAUGGUGCUCCUGUGUGGCAUCCCUCUGCUCUUCCUGGAGUUUGCUAUUGGACAGUACACCCGUUUAGGACCAGUGCAUGCUCUCAACAAGAUUUGUCCCUUGUUCAAAGGUGUUGGUCUGGCCACAGUUGUUCUCUCCUUUGUGUACUCCACGUACUACAAUGUGCUCAUGAGCUGGGCUCUUUACUAUCUCUUCAACUCGUUCGGAGCGACGCUUCCCUGGGUGUCUUGCAACAACACUUGGAAUGUCGUGGGGAACUGUUCCAGUGGUUUCCAAGGCAACGCCACCCACCUCCAGUCUGCCAGUCAACAGUUCUUUGAUCACAAGCUUCUGCAGAAAACCGAUGGCAUUGAAGAAGUUGGUGGCAUUCGCUGGGAACUCUUUGGCUAUCUUGUGUUGGCCUGGGUCAUUGUGUACUUGUGCAUAUUUAAAGGAGUCAAAUCCACUGGCAAGGUUGUGUAUUUCACUGCUAUAUUUCCAUACUUCAUUCUGUUCGCCCUGCUCAUCAAUAACCUGCAGCUUCCUGGGGCCAAAAAUGGUAUCCUGUUCUUCAUCACACCUGUCUGGAGCAGACUCUUUGAAGUGAAGGUUUGGGUUAAUGCAGCUGCCCAGGUGUUUAACUCAUUGGGAAUAGCUUUUGGGUCCAUGAUUUCGAUGGCUAGUUACAACAAGUUCAACAACAACAUUCUCAGGGAUGCUCUGAUCGUGUCAGUUACCAACUCAUUCACUAGUAUUCUGGCUGGGCUUGUGAUCUUCUCAGCCAUUGGAUACAUGGCUCAUAUACACAACCUCCCAGUGGACAACAUAGCCACAGGAGGUCCUGGUCUGGUGUUUGUCGUGUACCCUGAGGUCCUCUCAACCAUGCCCGUCUCCCAGCUGUGGGCCCCUCUGUUCUUCUUCAUGCUGCUGUGUCUGGGUCUCGACAGCCAGUUUGCCACAGUUGAGGUCAGUGUGGCGUUUCUAAAAGACCAGUUUGGACCCAAAGUUCUGUCCUAUGUGAAAAGAGAAGAGCUGAUAACCCUGGGUGUGUGUCUCACUGGCUUCAUCUUGGGAAUUCCUCACAUUACAAAGGGAGGUAUCUAUGUGUUUCAGCUGAUGGACAACUACACCGCUGUGGUUUCCCUCAUAUUCUUGGCUUUCUCUGAAGUCAUAGCUGUGUGCUGGAUCUUUGGCAUCCGACGUGUCUCCAUAAUGAUCAAAAGGAUGAUUGGAAAAACCCCAAACAUCUACUUCCGCGUCUGUUGGCUGCUGCUGUGCCCUGUGUUGGUGAUGUGCAUUCUGAUCUCCAGCAUUGUCCAGUACACUCCUGUUCACUAUGGGAAGUACAAUUACCCACUGUGGGCUGAAUGUUUGGGCUGGUGCAUUUCACUGGUGUCUAUAGUGUGGAUCCCACUCUGUGCAAUCCAAGAGAUCUGCAGCAACAAAGGCUCAGUUCUUCAGAGACUGAAAACAGCUGUGACUCCGACAAUAGACCUGGACGCUGAGGAUCCUUUGCCAGAAAAACAGGCUCUAGACAAGCAGGAGUCUGAAACCUUGUUCACUUCAGAGGUAUGAGCAGAGAGGAGGCCAACUCCACCUCUGUGAAACUGCACUUAUCAAAACCACUGUCUGUGGUACAGUUCAUCUUCUAAUGAAGACUGCUGUUUGGUGAUGUGUUGGAACUUUGUUUGAGAUGCAGUCCUUAUGUUCUGCUCAUAAAAUGAUUAUGUUAUUCUAUAUGUUCUACCAAAGGAUGGGUCUUUACUGUAUCUUAGGCCCAUUGUAGUGCUUUAAUACUUAAACUGCUUAUUCUUCUUCUGCAGUUGACUUUUGCACCUUGUACAUAGUGUAUGACAUUUUGUCCAUCAACUAAAGGUUAAUUUAAUUUGGCUUAGGAAGAAGUUGACAUGUUCAUGACAUCUGGACAGUGCAGGUGUUCAUUCCAACUAAAGAUUAAAAUGUUAAGGAUUAUGUCCUCCACUUUGGUGGAUUGAGAGUUAUGUAUAUCCAGUGACAUCGUCUGAUGAAUGUCAGUGAGACAGGUGAACUGGAACCAGUGUAUUUUUAUCCCUGAGCAGGAAAAGCAGUUUCAGGACCCUGCAAGCGUCUAACCUACAAACUGUGACACCACUUGUUUCAAAGCAGAUAUAGAAGGGGGCUGCAAACAUUAAUGCUUCAGCAUUUGUGUCCACAAAUGUUUUAGCCUGUGGGUUAGAUUUUUUUCUCCAGUGCACAAUCACUGUGCACAUAGUUAAAAAACACACAUAAGUAGAAGCGUUCAUGUAAAAACAAAAGAACUGUUGCUCGGAUGCAAAUUUGUUGGAUUUCUUCUACUCUCCUCAGGUUGAGAAAUGAUUUUUUUUUUUUUCAGUGUUUGACAUAAUUUUUAUUACAUAUUAUUAUUAAACUUAAUCCUGGAGCAAGUAACUCACAAAAAGGAUUAGCUGUGCCUUUGAUGUUCUGCCAUGAAGUUGAACUGAGUUUAUGAGGAUAGAAAAUCUUCAUCAGGGCUCACUGUGUCUGGACUCUCUCCAAUCACUUGAGCUCCCUAUUCUAGUGUGAGACACUUUAUCACUGUUUAACUCACACUUCACAACAGGGAAAGGCGUCGAAGAGUUCAGUUUAGUUUAACUGUAACUGAUCUUAACUCAAACUUUAACUUUGAGAAGCAUUCACCAUGUUGAGCUUUGGGGUAAGAAGAAAGACCUCAGAGGAGAAACAGCACAGCCAAUUUUAAACGUAAACUUUGCCUUUCACUUAUGAGGAAUGCAGCAGGAGAUUCUCUGUGUCAGAUGCGUUUACAACAACAACAGGAAAUUCAGGAGAUACUCUGGAGAAAGUCCAACUGACUCAGACACUCACAUACAGCCUCUCCGGAAUCAUUUCAGGAGAAUAUCAGUUCAGAGUUCAGUGCAUGUUUGAAAGCAGCUUAUGUGUAUGUGGUAAAAUCACAGUUUUGGAUGCGAUGAUAGUGUUCAGACUUUUCUGACUGAUCAAACAAACCAUUAUGUAUUAUGCCUCUUAUUCCAAAGCACUGAAACUAAGCACUUGUCAACUGUCAUGAUUCCUUUUCAAUACUCUAUAUUUAAUUAGACAACCAAAACCUUUAUUUAAAAUGCUUUAUACUGUAUAUGUUGUUGUAAGAUGCCUUAUGUUAAAUUGCCAUUAAGUGUAUUAGUACUUUUUAAAAGUGUAGGGAUGAUAUGGAAGCAUUUGUACAACAUAACAAGUUACUGCUUAGUUACACCUUUUAAUUUCAACAAUCACAUGUAUAUUCAUGUUAUUUAUGUUCAUUUGUUUAACUUCUUCAACAAAUUGAAUCUUGAUUUUUCACAUCAAUGACUGUUUCCUACUGUUAUCUUCAUAUUUCAACUCUGUUGUGAUGUGUGACGUUGAAUAAAAUGCCUUGAUUUUU